CUACUGAGGUCCCUUCCGGCCGCGCCGCCUCGGUGGUUGCUGGAAGUUGGUGCCUUUGAUUGGUCCGGAGCACGCAACCGCGCCAGGAGCUCCGAGACAGCUGGGGACUGCCGGUCCUGUGGGAUGCGCCGGAGCCGUUAGCUGGGAGCCGGGCAGGCUGUGAGGGUUUGCUCGCAAUAAGGAGGAACAGCAAGAGAGACAAAGAUUCAAGUACCUUACUCCACAGUACAUAGGAACAGCAAUAGAGACAACAGGUCAAGUGUGAAUAUAUGAAGGAGGAAGUCGGGGAAUCUGCUGAAGAUGAGGCGACUGAAUCGGAAGAAGACCCUGAAUUUGAUGAAAGAGUUGGAUGCUUUUCCAAAGGUUCCUGAGAGCUAUGUAGAGACUUCAGCUAGUGGAGGAACAGUUUCCCUUAUAGCAUUUACAACUAUGGCUUUCUUAACAAUAAUGGAGUUUAUGGUGUAUCGGGACACAUGGAUGAAAUAUGAAUAUGAAGUAGACAAGGAUUUUACUAGUAAGUUAAGAAUCAACAUAGAUAUUACAGUUGCUAUGAAGUGUCAAUAUGUGGGGGCUGAUGUUUUGGACUUGGCGGAAACAAUGGUUGCUUCUGCAGAUGGGCUAGCAUAUGAACCAGUAAUAUUUGAACUCAGUCCCCAGCAAAGAGAGUGGCAAAGGAUGCUGCAGUUAAUUCAGAGUAGGCUGCAGGAAGAACACUCUCUUCAAGAUGUAAUAUUCAAAAGUGCUUUUAGAAGUGCUUCGACAGCACUACCACCAAGGGAAGAUAAUUCCUUACAGCCUCCAGAUGCAUGCCGGAUUCAUGGCCAUCUUUAUGUCAAUAAAGUGGCAGGGAACUUUCACAUAACCGUGGGCAAGGCAAUCCCUCAUCCCAGAGGCCAUGCACACUUGGCAGCCCUUGUGAGCCAUGAGGCAUACAACUUCUCUCACAGAAUAGAUCAUUUGUCUUUUGGAGAGCUUAUUCCAGGAAUUAUUAAUCCUUUGGAUGGAACAGAAAAAAUUGCAUCAGAUCACAACCAGAUGUUCCAAUAUUUUAUCACAGUUGUGCCAACAAAACUCCAUACAUAUGAAAUUUCAGCAGAAACUCAUCAGUUUUCUGUGACAGAAAGGGAAAGAGUCAUAAACCAUGCAGCUGGCAGCCAUGGGGUGUCAGGAAUAUUCAUGAAAUAUGACAUCAGUUCACUUAUGGUGACAGUGACAGAAGAACACAUGCCCUUUUGGCAGUUCUUAGUGAGACUCUGUGGUAUUAUUGGAGGAAUUUUCUCAACUACAGGCAUUUUACAUGGCAUUGGAAGAUUCAUAGUGGAAAUCAUCUGCUGUCGUUUCAGAUUGGGCUCGUAUAAAUCUAUAUCGAUCCCACUUCCUGAUGGCCACCUAAACAACCACUUACCUCUAACUACAGACAAUGGUACGCAUUAGCAACUCCUUGAGGAAACUUUUUUCUUUCUGCCUGAUACAGAAGACACUUUUUUAUAAUAAAACAUUGUGCAAUAUGUUGAGACAGUGCUGAUGGGCAGCAAAAAUCAAGCCUUUAAAAAAAACAAACAAAAUCUGUGUAAUUUGUCUCUCUUUUAAGUGCACAUGGAGUCAAGUGAAGCCAAAAUGUACCAUGAGGUCAACAUCUUGAUAUAGCAGGCAUGUUACUGGAGAACGACAAUGUCCAGAGUGAACCUAAGUCCAUGCCUACGAAGUCAAGCUCCUGUAAAAAAACUAAUUUAUAUGCAGUAGUUUUGCAGCAAUAGUCAUACUUCAUGAAGCCAGGGUUUGCUGCCAGGUUUCCAGAAAUGGGAUGCAAGACCUUCUAUUAACCAGAAGAUGUGGGAGCUUAGUUAUUCUGCCGACAGGUUUUUGGGAGGAGUGCUAUAAGAAACCCUGAACUAGAGAAAGGAAGGGAAAGCUUGAUGAGGUGAGAUGGAGCUUGAGCCAUAGCCCUUGCAGCUGCCACACCAUUCUCUAAUACCACCAUUACCUACAGGAGGGAAAAGGACACAGAGCAGGCAAGACACAUUUCUCUGUAUUUCUACCCACAACCACUUCAUCAGCCGUCAGAUUAUGUUGAUUCCAGGAGUUCCUGAGGCCUAACAAGAAUUGGGUCCCAUAUCUUUGCAUUAGAAUUGAGGAGCCAGGAACAAUAUGUCUUCAAAAAGAUUUUUGAGCGAGUCAUUACUUGUUUGCUUAUCCCAGUGCAAAACUCAGCCGGCAAAAGUGUGAGAAACCACCUAUUUGCUCCAGCUCAAUACAGAAAUGUCAUCUAUUUCUAAAGAACAGACACAUACGUCUGUCUGCUACAUGGCAAAUAAAAAAUGGAGAUCAGAGAACAAAGAAGAGAUUGGAGAAACAAAUAGCUAGGAACAGCAAGGCAGCUUCUUGCUAAAUUCCACAGGAAGCACAGAUUUUUGGCAAGUCAGUAGGGUGGCUGGCCCAUCUGGGGAACUGGAGACAAUCUCCAAGAAACAGGUGACUGUGCUGAAUCUAUUGUUUCUCUGCAGAUAAAUAGUGGGGAAAGAUGUUGAGCCACAAAAGCUUUUUAAAUUCUACACUAUGGGCAUUAAGCUGUAGUAUACAAAUGGGAGUGGAUAGUGGUAAUGCAGUAGUCUUAAUAAGAUGAAGGCAACUAUACUGUAGCUGAACUACUGACAGAAAUCUGUAGUUACACACAGCUACUCUACCCAGAUGAAAGAUUGAUAAUAGUUCCUUUCCUUUUGUAGGAGCUAAUUCUAAUCUUGGGCCCUCAAUGCAAUGGUUAUUACAAUAUGGAGGACUGAACAGAGAAAAAGAAUACCCCUACUGUUGAUUGUUUUUAGAUUUACUUACCUUUAUUGAGAUAUUCCAUAAAGUGCUGGAAUUUCAGUCACAAGCCCAGUAUAAAUAUUAAACUGAUUUGCCCUGUCCUGACUGUAAGCCUAAAAACAAUCUUAACGUGAACUUCAUGUGAGUGUUGGAGUGGGAAAGGGAGAAAACUAUAGUUUAUUUUGGCUACUGUAGCAGACCAAAUUCAAGGAAAUAGUCAUUUGAGGUGGGAAGCAAGUUUGACCUGGAUUAAAACGGAUUUAGGUAGAAAACAGGCUCUUGUCUCCAGUGAUCACAUUGAAUGGCUUUGUGUUGCACAUCCUUGUGCUGCAUGUGUACUGCUUUUGAAAGAAUCAGUGCAUUCACACGAGUCUUAUCCUAUGGGACCUGUGCACUCUGUUCUGUAGUGCUCAGCAUUGCUGAUAGGAGUGGGGCUUUUAGGGUGUCUUAGUUAUGAAGUGCUGCAUGAUGGGAUGGAACAAGGGACAGUUUACCCUAGCAUUUGCCAAGCUUGGUUGCUGCUUGUCCCUACAAAGGUAAGGUCAUUGCAGGCUGCAGCAGUUUAGCUGGACCUGAACUGUAUCAGGUGUUAGAAGUGAUAAGGUUUACAGCCACACCUGGGACAGCUGUUGUGCGUUGAUACAAAGAGCACUACAAGUUCAUGACAAAUGAUUGCAGUGGUUCCUUGGAAUUCUGCUUUUCUUUGAAUAGGUGGACAAAAGUGUUAGAGCUAAAGGAUGGAAAAUGGAAAGAGCGAGACACUAUAGAAAAAUUGGAAAGCUGGCAUUAUUCGGUUGAUUGGACAGAUGGGAUUUGUCCUUUCAUUUAUAGCCAAGUGAGGCUUUAUAUGUGAAUUUGGGCUGUGUGAUGGUAGAUGACAGUUAUAGAUUUGAGGGACUAUUCAUAAGAAGGAUUAUUUUGUAAUACACUACAUUUUCACAGUCAGAAGUUGGCAAAUAAUUUUAAAAUGGCAUGUCCUUCCAAACUGCAUUAACUCUUAUUUGCCACAUCUUAAAGUCUGAGGCAGAAACAAAGGGCAAAACAUUUUUUUCAAAUAGGCAAAACUUCAUAGGAGUGGGGAGCCAGACUUCCAAAGCAGUUUCAGGUUUGUUGGAUAGCUCAAGUUGCUGAGCACCCACAAAUCUCACUGAUUGUCUAAAGCUAUGGCUGUUCAGUACUAAUGAAAAUCAAGCAUAAGACAUUUCUUUUGAGUUCACAGACAGAAAAAUCAAUAAUAAAGCCACACAAAAUACUUCUGAAAAUGUUUAACAUAUAACUUCAGCAUGGACAGACAAGAAAGAUGAGCAGAUGUAUACAUCAGUAAAUAUAUAGGUACGACAGCAAAUAGAUAAGGACCAGUCAAGCUGGUGGAAGAGCUUUUAUUUUUCUUGUAUUAAAAAAGACAGCAGCACUUCAAAGUCAGCGCUUUGAAGGAAAAAGGAAAAUCUGUAUGCAAAGUACAAUGAAAUUAGGGUCUCUGCUGAAAGAUAUUGGUAUGGUAUAUUGAAAGAAUAAAAAAUAAGAAAUGAAUAAAAUAUCAAGCAUCUUUAGAUGCAGUCAGUAACUUGGGUAAAAAUUGGUUAUGAUUUGUGGUAAAGGACAAAUUCUCCUCUCCUCAGUGGUGAUGAGUAUAUGUUUCUGGCUAUUCUGAAUUAUCAGGUGUUUUGUUAAAUUGUGUCAUAGGCCACAGCCAGAGACUGAAUAUAAGACAGGGUGGACAAAUCAUCUGACCUGCUAUCUCCUGUAUUCCCUAAAGAAAAUGCAAGUGAUGUUUCAGAGGGAAAACCAGGAAAAAAAAAGAAAAGAAAUAUAGCAACCUUGUAUCAUAUCAUGGCCAGGGAUGGGAAUGAAUUGUAACAGCAUUCAGCAGAUACGUUUGUUCAGGUUCCCUUCAUAGCUGCUUGAGUUUUGGUUUUUGCAGAGGUUUGGUUGCUUAUGGUUUUACAUUAAAAUUGCUUGAUAAUCCCUUUGUACUUGUAGCCCUCAGAACAUUAUUUUUUUUCCAGUUUCAGUGCACAGAUAUCCUGCUUGUACCAGGUGGGCUAUAGUUUGUUGCACUUCCUUAUUUUAGCAGCUUGGUUUAUUUGCAGCUGCACUGGUUUGGAGUCUUGCAACAGCUUUACCUCUUUUCUUUGCCUCUGGUGCUAAGUAAAGGAAAUAAGGUUCAGAUGAGUGUAUGAGAGGGAGAAGGAAGUAAUCUUAGAGUGCAUUAACUGGGAUGAAAUUUAAGGGAAUUGUUACAUCUAGCAGAAAACAAGACUGGAUUAACAAAACUGGCAGAUUUUUUUUUUUUCCUGUAAGAUGUACUGAACUGCUUUCCCCACCUCCACCUUCUGCUUCCAGACCUAAUCUGUUUAAAAAUCAGCGAAGCUUUUUAAAGCAACCAUACAAAUCAUAGGACCUCAACAUUUCACACUUGGGUGGAAACCAUCCAUUUGUUAAGUAUGUGUGUCCAUUUUGUGGGGUCAGGAGGGGUGCUUGGCUGUACCUUGGUAAUGUUGGGUCUGUAUCUGUUAUUUAAGUGUUUAUAAGGUGGCUCAUUUGAGGCUUGUGAAGCCACAAGUUUGACAGGUUAAAAAUGAUUCAGAUAAGAAACGGGCUCUUGUCUGUACUGAGCAAAGAAAUCGCUGUGCAGUGACUGUAUUAAAUGGCUUGGCUUGGUGUGUCU